AAUGACCCCCACAGCUAGCUGCGAUAAUCUAUCGGGUAAAACUAAUAAGAAAAGUCUUGAAAAACUACAAGUAUUGGGCGAACCUACCAGAAGAUGGAGUACUGCUGAAUGUCCUAGUAAAGGACUUCAGAGAACUCAUCAUUUGCCUGCAUUACGGCACAACACAGAAAGCUUAAAGAGCACACCUAGACAAUCUAUGAAUCCAAGUCUUUUAGCUAAACAGUUAACGUCUAUGGGAUUUAAUAACAAAGCCGACUCGUCCUUGGACAAUUUAUUGACAGUUGAUUCAUAUUUAUCAGGUCAAAAGGUUCCACAUCAAGGACUCUAUAGACAAUCGACGAGUAUUUUACCUGUCCAACAGAAUUCAAUACAUCGCCAAAGUACUCAAUUCUUUCACAGAAAGAGGUUUGAUAAAUCAAGCCCAACUCCCGAAAUUAAAUCUGCAAGAAGUCCUACUAUUAUACUUAAUGAAAAAUCUCCUCUGCCUUAUCACGAAGAAGAAAGCUCCCAUAGCGAAAAUAUCUGUAAAUCAACUAUUGACAAUGAAGUAGCAGUAACAGUUGCAGAAGAAACGCCUGCUGAAGAAACAGCAACAAUAGGACCCGUUGUUCACGAGGAAUUUUCUACUCUAUUCGAACUUCAGUUGGCAGACGUUCGUAAGGCUUUAGAAAGAAAAGAAGAUAGAAAGGAACUAUUAUUAAACAAGAAUAUUAGCGAAGAAAGAAUGAAUGUCCUCCGCGGAAAAUGCGAUAAUCUUCCUCCUAUCCCUACAGGUCAAGUGCGAUUGUAUUUGAGUGGAAGUGUGACAGAUAUGAAAACUGAACGAUUGGGAAUUUUAAAGGCAUCACAAAAAGUUGCAACUUUUUGUAGGAGAGCUGGAAUUGAUUUUCACAUUGUUGAUUUAAGAUGGGCAAUCACUGCUGAUGCUCAAAAUGAGCAUAAUCUUACUGACUUAAUGAAAGAAGAGCUAUUGAGAUGCAAAAGAUUAAGUAUAGGACAUCAUUUUGCGUGCCUUCUGGGUAGUAAAUACGGCUAUAGGCCUUUGCCUAGCCGAAUAUGUGAGAAUCAUUGGGAGAUUAUAAAAAAAUUUACAAAGGAUAAAAGCUUUGAACAUUGGAAUCUAAUGCAAGAUUGGUAUCUGUUAGACGAAAAUAAUAUUCCACCUGUUUAUAUUCUUCAGCCGAUCAACAGCAAAUUGCAGUACUUCUUGGAUUCAGAUAUAGAAAAUGCAGACUUUCGUGAAAGAGAUCGAAAGGAAUGGCGUCAAAUAUAUCUAAAAAUAAGACAGCUAUUGGUUAGAGUAUCAACUCUGGCUCAUGCUGAGGGACUUUUUUCCGAUGAAGUUCGUAGAUCUUAUGUUGGUUCUGUAACUGAUAUCGAACUUCAUUUAGGAGUCUUUGAAAACGAAUUCAAAACGGAACGUAGUAUGGUAUACGAUAGAACUGUUAAAGGACUUAAAACGGCUGAAAAUCAAAAUUUCAUGUCGAUAUAUAUUGAUACUAUGGAAUUUGAGAAUAAAACAAUUCAAGAUUGGGAAGCUACUAAUGCCAUUAAAGAUUUAAAAUAUAGAACAUCCAAAAAUCUAAUGGGUCAUAACUAUCGUUGUUACGUUACUGAAUUCGCUAAUCAGGUCCUUCAAUUGGCUGGCCAAAAAGGUAAAGGAAAUUACAUUGCAAAUUAUACAUCAGAUUUUAUAGAGGAUUGCACUCAUUUCAUUGAAAAUUGCGUAGAAUCUGAGCAUAUCGAAGCUCAGAAAGAUGUAGAAUUUAAUGAAAUUCUUCAUCAUGCAAUAAUGUGUGAAAGUUUAUAUAAAUCUAGUCCAAUUGAAAGAACUAGUGUUCUUAAACAAAUAAAGGAACUCCUUCUUCAAGAAGAUCCUAAUAGACAUCCUUAUGCGAUUUAUGGUGAAUCAGGAGUAGGAAAGAGUUGUAUUUGCGCCAAGAUUGCCAAACUGAUACCCGAUUGGUUGGGAGAGGAUACUAUUGUGCUAAUCAGAUUUGUUGCCACGUCUACGCCGUCUUGCAAUGUUAUAGAUCUGUUGCAUAGUAUAUGUUAUCAACUAUCAGCAAUAGCUCGUAUUCCUCUACCCAAAGUUGUAAUGGAUGUUAGCCAUCUAUCCAAAACUUUAAUAUCAUUAAUAAAAAAGAUAGAGGAGACUAUUGUUAUAAUACUAGACGGUAUUGAUGAAAUAGAUAAUAAUCAAAAUGCUCAUGAAUUAAGUUGGUUACCUGGUAUAUUACCUGAUGGUGUCUUUAUAAUAGUCAGCUUAUCCGAUGGCGUAGGAAGCAACUCAACAAUUAUCAGGGCCUUAAAUGACAAAAUGCCGGAAGAAGGAUGUGAAGAGAAUUUUUUAAAGGUAGAUAGGUUUAAUGAAGAGGAAGCUAAGGAAAUGAUAGAUUAUAUCCUAAAUAAAAAGAACAGGGUGUUGACACCCGAACAACGGUCAGUUAUAGACCAAGCUAUAAGCAAUUGCUCAAAUUCAUUAUACUUGAAAUUAUUAAUGGACGAAGCUGUCCUACUCAAAUCAUAUAAUGCCUUGGAUUUCAAACAUGUAGCCUGUAAUGUGCGAUUGGCCAUAGGAAAUUUGUUUAAAAAUCUUGAAUGCCACUACGGGAAGGAAACGAUAAAAUACGCUCUAUCCUAUAUAACAGUCUGCCGCGGUGGUGUAACUGCUACUGAACUUGAGGAUUUACUCUCUAUGAACGAUGAUAUUUUAGAUGAAGUUUAUAGGGAUCUUCAUCCACCUUUUGAACACUAUAUUCGAAUUCCUACUUUGCAUUGGGUGCGUAUUCGCCAUCAUAUUGACGACUUCCUCCUCGAAACACAUUGCGAUGGAAAAUUAACACUUACCUGGUUUCAUAAAGAGUUUCGAAAAGUUGUUAAAGAUAAGUAUCUGACACGACUCGAAGAUACCAUUCAUAAGCACAUAAGCGAUAUGUUUCUCCAAGAAAGCGAGCUUCGGAGAACCAUUAUUUUAAAACAUAGAAAGGUCACUAUAGAAAACGCAGACAGGCUUAUUCGUCCGCAAAAGACAAUACCCGGUAAUCGCAGGAAAUUAAAUUGCCUGCCCUAUCAUUUGGCCAGAUCGAAAGAGGUUAAUCCAAAAUUUCUUGAUAUCGCAAAAUGCAAAAUGUUCUUCUCACUGAAGUGGAUUAUUGCAAAAUUCAUUGCCUAUUGUCUGGACGAAGUAAUAUCUGACAUAGAAAGAUUCAAAGAACUUCUUCCCGUUGAGGGCGACAUAGAAUUAAAUCUAAUUGAAGAAACUUUAAAAGACUGCAGGAACUGUGAGAAUAUAGAACUCGACCCUGGCACAAUACCAAGGUUUAUUUAUGAGAGUUUGAAAGAUAAAACUCAUUUCAAAAAUGUUGAAAGCCUUAUAAACGAAUGUGAAAAUUGGGUUUCGGCGGACGAUAAAUAUAAAGAAAAGAGGAGUUAA